AUGUUAUCUCAAGAUGCGAAUCAGACGCGCAACACUCUUCUCUUCUCUCUCGUCAUUGACAAUGAGCCCUAUGCAUCAAUCUGGAACAUAUUCUACCAUUUCUACAUAACUAACACCGACAAUGCCAUGCUACAGAAGCAGAUUUGCAAACUUCUUCGACAAUCGGCGAACUUAGAAGUAUGGUCAUCUUCAAACUAUGGCGCAUCAAUCUGUUUCAUGAACCAAGACACACUGGACCAAGUUCGAGAAAUGUGGACUCAGUAUCUCGAGAUCGCAAAUCUUAGAUCAGAUUCCAGGGAAAGAGAUCACUUCGAAACAAAGUUUAAAUCAGAGAUCAAUUCAACCAAGAAAGAGCAAUAUGUUACAAAGAAGGAUAUCGGGGUCCAGGAUGUCUGUGGUCGGAAACAGUAUGCGUCUGCUCUUCGUUCAGCAGGUGGCAAUUGGGAAAGUGCCAUCCAAACAGUUGUUGACGCCUUCGCUGGAUUUUGGGACCACGGUGUGAUCGCGGGGAAUUCGCAUGAUGUGGAAGCUUUGAAACUCGAUGGUCAACUUGUUAAUCCGCUGAUGGCACUUACAUCUGCAGGAAACGCAUUUGCAAUCUCUUCGAGCUCGGAUCCUCUUUUGGGCUUUCGCCUCGCAAGCGCCUUCGAUAAUUUGAAUUCUUCCCAGGAGGAAUUGGCAGCAAAUGUUGUGAGACAAGCAAAGACUCAAUUUCAGGAGUGGGGUGCGAGUUUUGGGGAAAGGGUUCGUGAGAAGGUAAUAGUCAUACGACUCUUUUGCGGCGAUGCUUUGAGAUUCUCUUAUGCGCUACAAAGCUUAGGAGUUAAUGGAACUCCAGAAACGAAACUGCUCAGUUUAUUUACCAUGGCAUGGCGUUCAACUCCACUGACUCUUUACAAUCCUGGUACGACAAGCGGUAUCCAUACAUUUGACGUCAUCGACACCAACAAUCUGGCUGAUCCGCUUGGCAUUCUGAAUCUGCUGUCCGCUAUCGCGCCAUUAUUGUCUCGCAAGGCAACCUCAGUCAUAUUUACUGAGACGCUGUCUUUUUAUACCAAAGAUCCAGUUGAAAUUCUAUCUCAUAUCCUGUGUUGCGAUAUCACAACCUUCUCACUACUUCUGGGGUUGGCACCAUCCGGUCACUUAUUCGGGCUUACCACGUAUGCCGUUGGGCUGAAUGCCCAACGACAAUUUUCAGUCCAUCGAAAUAACAAUGAUAGUUAUCAUAUGCGAGUUGAGUGGAGAUACCCAAAUCUAGACGAUCCAGCAGGUAGAGAAUUGAUUUUCGAACCGCACGAGCUCGCCCUUUUCUUCUUCAAGCUCUAUUCGAGGAUGUUCGAAGUUGAGUCCAUGUCUCCAACUACCGGAAAGGAAAUACAUCAUUUAAGAUACAAUCGUCUUGGCUUUUCCGCUCUUGUUUGUCUAGCGAAAGAUUGUGUCAAGAAUGAUCAGCUGUCAACCUUUGGGGACUCUCUUCUCGAACAUAUCGAAAGGGAGGAUCAAUUGCGUAUGGGUGGUCUUCAACUUCUCGAGUUAUCGUUACACUUCUACCAACUAGGCAUUUGUUCCCGGCCAUCUUUACUGGAAAUACCUCGUCAAAUCAUGCUUGCAAGCCAAAAAGAAUUCAAAAAUGGUCCGUUGAGUUUACGAUAUCAAGAAAGUGGCAUGGAUUCACUAGAUCAAAAUGAAUUUCCUCGUCUGGUUUGGAUCUCUCUGAGUGUUCCACGCGAGAUCCUUGAAUCAUUGAAGAUAGAUAACGAGUAUGCUACGGUUGGGCUACAAAUCAAAAUCCGGCAUACGAAAAGUGAGACCGAGGCCAGCUUCAUGUCGCUUCAGUGCUUUUUUGGUAGUCUGGUCCAACGAGCUGAUGACAAUGAUGCUUACGAUGUGAUUGAAGAUCCACAAGGCUUGAAGGGGACAUCGGACUUAAUUGUGACAUGUGCUGUACCCUCCUUAGUAUUGAUGUUAGAGUCCAGAGAAUCCACACGAAUAGAGUUAGCAUUUUUAAGCAGCAGCAGAUUGAGUGCGAACUAUAUGUACGGCGGGGCUAUAUGUAGCUAUAGUCUUGAGGAUAAUGUAUUGAUUCUAAGAGAGCCGCCAGGAGUCAGAUUACAGCCUUUUGCAACGGAUCAUGCAGCCGUCCUACGCAUAUCUUCUACUUCUAAAAAUCCUUGCUUUGUCCGAAUGACAGACGGUCUUUCAAUUGAGUCCCUCGAAACUCGAAAGAAUUUUGAGCAUUUAGCAACCGAAAGUGCCAUCAGAGCCCGCCAAAUAUCUCCUUUCAUUAUUUCCGAAAGAUUCAACGGUUUUGAAAUCGACCAGAUCCAUUUCCCAUAUCCGGUUUCUCUCCAUGAAGCAACGAUCGAUACUUUGAACAAGGUGAAAACAUUGGUUGCAAAGCCGAAUUUAGCUUUAAAUAAUACAGGUUACACACUGAAUCAAUUUCCGGUUGUGCUGGAUGGCUCAGACGCUUAUCCUCUCACAAUUCCCAAAGUAAAUAUGGAUCAGCAGCCAAUCAUAUCUAGUACUGGUCGCGAGACUGGGGAAUGGAUUUCGAAUCUCAUGCAUAGUAUGUUCUGUGCACGAGAACGCUCGUACUGGCGCAAAUCUGAUAUUGGACUCCAAGAAGAUGUUCCUGCUCUAUUUACAAUCAAAAGCUACAUCCACAACAUGGCGGUUUCCUUCGUUCAGCCAUCUUCUCUAGGUCGGAAGCAGACAUUCUUGUUUGAUAGUGGUGACCCACGUAGUAUCUCAAUGAUCAUCUUUGUCUCGGCUUUGCGACAUAAUAUUGAUCAGAGCUCGGUUGUUCUAGAUUCAUAUCUGCUUCCGCUUACAGCCGAAUCCUCUCCGAUCACCCCUGUAAUCGAGAAACUACUUGCUUGUAAAACCACUCAGCCAAUUUCCUACGGUAUGAGAGAGGUAGAUGAGCAGUUAAUGAGAAGAAUGCUUCCAGCAACCGUAGAAGCAUGUCGAAAAGGCUGGGACCAUGGUCCAGGCUGCAAAUACCGUCAAUUUGGCUCAGUAUCGUCGUAUACUGAAUUAAAUCAGUCGCCAAUCUGCGCAUGCGGCGAAGGAAAAACUGCAGAAGGUUUUCCGCGGGUUGAAGGAUGGAAAAUUCUUAGUGGAUAUACGACGAGGAUUGCUCUUAUGCCGUUGUCGACGGUAGAUUACGUUGAAGCGCAUUAUUCGCAGGAAGAACAUGACAGGUUUUCGCAUAGAUGGAUUAACACGGACGUUAGUUGA